AUGUCUAAAAAAUUACAAUUCAGCUUCACCCACCGCCUUCCUACAUCUACCUCCGAGCCGCGAACAGCUUGGGGCCGAAUGGGCAACGACCGAGUAUGCCUCCUAUACUUCGACUUCGAUUUGGAUGAAAAGAGCAUCAAACCCGUGGCCGACGGGGCAACGGCUGAACUCAAGUUCUCGCAGGAUGUUGUCACGAGGUUUGAGCUCACAGACGUGGCACCGGCGGACGAGAUCAAGCAUACAUCAGAGCAACAAUAUACUCAGCACUUCGAUAUCAAUCCCAGUAUAGAUGCUGGGGUAGGUGGUGGUAGCCUUGGGAGCUAUGGGGAAGAGCGCGUGUUUGAUGGUUUGCCUAAUUGGCGGUUUAAAGGCUCUCUAUGUGUGCCUCGCCCAACUCAAGCAGUCUCAUGGACAUGGACGCGUGGUGGUCACUACAAAUAUUCACGCGGUGUGCCGAUCAUCAAGAUCGGAGUUAUUGGGAAAGACCCCCCAGACCACAAUUUCAUCGGUGCUGUGACGAUGACACUCCAACCCCGCUACUCUUGGAGAAGAACAGAAAAGCACGAAUUUCAUAUCGAUUUUGCCCCACCCAAUCCUCCAAGAAGUGAAGACUUAUCCGCGAGGGUGGAUGAAUUUCAGAGAUCUGUUGGAAUAAAAGAUACUGUUCAAGCUCAAAGUGGUUCGAAACCAGGGUUGGAUAUGGACAGUUCUUCCCCACCCAACCCUCUAGGAAGCGAAGACCUGUCCCCCAGGAUGGAAGAAUGCCAGACUCCUGAUAAAAGAAAGGAUACCGAUCAAGCUCAAGGUGAUUUGCAAGCAGGGUUGAACAUGGUCAGUUCUAUGGACAUUUGGGUUGAGCCUGACCAUGGAGAAACUGUCUGUCCAUAUCCGAUGCCCGUGAGAAACAUUGGUGCCUGA